AUGGUUCUCUUUGCUCAGGGCCUCAGCAUCUCAAUAGCGAUGCAACUUUGGGUACAAGCAGUCAGCGGCGGAGAAGAAUUGGAGGGCGGAAAACAAGCUGUGAACGAUGAAAGAAGCGACUGUAAACAGCAGCCCACGAAUGAAGCUCCAAUAACCGAGUCAAAUACCACCCGAGCAGAGCGUGCAAUGAAAUCGGUGGAAGAAAUUUGCUCCGAUAGACACAUGAAUGAAGCUCAAAUAACCGAGUCAAAUACCACCCCAGCAGAGCGUACAAUGAAAUCGGCAGAAGAAAUUUGCUCCGAUAGACACAUAUUCAUUGAAGAAGACAAAGCUUUGGUUUACAUUGAUGGUGAGCUUGCGGAGCGCGCAUGCCGAGCGAUUUGUGUUCCAAAAACGUUAUUGGGCGAAGACGAAGAAAAAGCAAAAGAAUACAGUGCGAAACCAAGCAUCAGUUCGCUAGGUCGAGCAGCUGAGCACCGAAGCGGAGAAAAGUCGAAAAAAACACAGCAGGUUGAUGGCGGAAAGAAAGAGCGCAGUAGAUCUGUAUCUGAGAGGAAUUCAGUUGCCGGACUGAGUAAAAAAGAAAUAUUUGCGAAAUUCGGUCUACAGGACUUCGUUGUUGUGCUGGAUAGGUUAAAUGAGGACAGUGUGAGCUACGAAACACGUGGAAGCAAGAACAUUGAAGCAGAGGAGAAAAGCAGGAAAAGAAAGAGGAAAGAAGCUGCCAGCCGAUCACCAGAUUCUAGUCGAGAAGAGCCAGUGCAGAGUCCCGAUGAUCAGCCUCUGCAGUUGUAUCGAAAGACGAAAAAAGAGCGGAAGCCGGAUUCAUUGCGUGUUUCGGAUGACUGCUUUGUUUGCCGUCGAGCGCUGAACGAAUGCACGGACUUAUGGGCGGAACUGAUCUCGGACAAAUCGAGUGCAGUAAUGCUGCUGGAUCGUUAUGGCACUAUGCUGAACGGGCCGGCAGCACCAACGGUUGAAACACUGUACGAAUUCUUGUGUGCGCAUGCCGAAUUCACUCCAGUUUUACCAUCUCAUAAAAUCCUGAAGAAAAGGGCAGGCGACAGUUAG